AGGAGAAAAACAACGCAGAGGGGUAACUGGUGAUUUCACUUGGAAACGAGAUAACAAAUAUAAUGGGCGGAGAAAGGUUCACCUUUCUGAUAGCGCCCCUCUUCCCCUGAUUUCUCCCAGUCCUUUCUCUCUUCAAAUUAUCCAUUCUGUAUUUCUCCUUUAAGAUAUUAGGGUUCAUUCUUCAAAUUGAGGUCUAUUUUCAUGUAUUCAUUCUUGCAGGCAAAUAACAACUUUCUCGAAUAAUCAAUCAAAGAGGAAUUACCCUCACUCAAGUUCAGAAGCUACCAUUCUUGUACCCAUAAUCCACUGGCACCACCUGUUUCAGAAGAAGCGACCCUGUGCUAUGGAUUGUUGGAGAAAACCAAUUCAAGACCGGGAUUGAGCCUACACCGUUUGAGGGGAUUAAAACCCUAGUUGAAUAGAACCCUAACUUUCAUCUUUCUUCUGAGUUUCCGAGAUAUACCUUGGAAAAAUGUCCGUUUCGGGAUUGAAUUGUAAUUCUUCAAGAUGCUUUCUUCGCUCUACAACACUCGCAAGAGGAUUACGAAGUCCUUGCGAUAGAAUUUCACUCAUUACUCAUAGUAGUAGUAGUUUCAUCAAGAAUACAGAACCUCUUCGUCUCAACAGUGGGAAUUACUGGAUUUCUAAUCCAUGGGAACCAAAGGUUAAGCGAAAUUACAAAAUAAAGAGUGGCAUGGAUACUUCAUUUAGUGGUGAUAUGAACUUUGAAUCAGGUGCAAAUGUCUUUCCGAGAAUCAACAUUAAGGACCCAUACAAAAGGCUUGGUAUCAGUAAGGAGGCAUCUGAAGAAGAAAUUCAGGCUGCAAGAAAUUUUCUGAUAAAUAGAUAUGCAGGACACAAACCAAGUGUUGAUGCAAUAGAGUCGGCCCAUGACAAGAUAAUUAUGCAGACGUUUCACGAAAGGAGAAGGCCGAAACUGAAUAUCAAGAAAAAAGUCAGAGACGUUACACAAUCACGCGUUGUACAGGCUGUUACCAGUAGGUUUCAAACUCCUUCCACCAACUACAUAAUAAAGACAGCUUCCGUGUUUGUGAUACUCGGUGUUCUUACUGUUCUGUAUCCGACGGAAGAAGGGCCUACUUUACAAGUAGCCAUUUCCUUGUUGGCAACGAUAUACUUCAUAUAUGAUCGACUAAAGAGCCGAAUGCGAGCUUUCUUAUACGGAGCUGGGGCAUUUGCAGUUUCAUGGCUGCUGGGGACCUUUUUAAUGGUAUCCGUGAUUCCUCCAGUCCUUCGUGGCCCAAGGAGUUUGGAAGUGACUACAUCUCUUCUAUCGUAUGUGCUUCUAUGGGUUUCUUCUGCUUACCUGAUAUAAUAACUUUUAUUAUGCCUAUCGGAUUACAUAGGUAGAAUUUUGCAUUAGAGCCGUUCGGGAACCUUUUAAACUUAGAGGUUAGAGCGCUGAGGAAUUGUGGUUGGAUUGUUAAACUGUCAAAUGCUUUAGCUGGUUUCCAUAUGUAGAAGUUUAUGGACCUAGAUUUUUUCCUAUUGAUUGAAUUCUUAUGCUGUAUAAUUUUGAUUAAAGAGUAACAAUAUCAGUUAUCACUCCAUUGCAAGGCGCAUUCGAGUACUCACAAACACAAAAUCUCGAUAAUUAUACUUUAUAUCAUGGUUCAAGUAUCCAAGAUUUAUUGAUA